UUUUCAUUCUCGCUAGUUACAAUAUAUGACCGAAUAAGGACUCUUCAAUCGUCAUAACACAAUUACCACACAAAAGAAGUUAUACUGAUGGAGACGACAAGCAUGAGAUCCAGUUAGCACUUUGUCUUGGAGGUUGCAGGGGAUGCAGGAUUGAGGGAUUGAGGAUUGCGGGAUUGUGGGAUUAUGGGAAUGCGGGAUGCUGGGAUGCAGCGCUUAAUUUACCCGUAGGGCUACAGCCGGGAUCUCGAUUUCUGUCUCAGUGCAUAAACCGUCGCAAUGGUAUGGUAACUACCGAUUUCAGCGAAUUAGAGUCAAGUGUAGAAUAGAUCUAGAUAAGAAUCGACGAUCUGCGACCGGGGAGAGAGUGUCCCUCGCAAACAGGGUGUUGUCGCUCGGUUUGGGCUGCAUACAGUCAGAUCCCCUCAAGGCCGGUGUAUGCCCCCGUUAAAUGCGUGCUGCUUUCCUGCAGCCCAGGACUACGGACUACUAUCUAGGAGAUCUCUCGAGUCUGCGAGUUGCCCUUGUAUGAGACCGAUGAUCCGGUGAAGCUCGGAUUCCUCGUCGUAAUUCAGUUUUCCCAGUAUAACAACAGUAUUUGAAAUUAUGGAGCAAGAACAGAGGCAGCGCGAGCUGGCUCACCUUCUCUAAUGCCUUCAACUUCACAGUUAUCAGUUCGCUAUGCCGGUGCGGUGGUAAGUCCAGCAUUGUACGGUGAACGGUAUACUAGACCGUUUCUAACCCCAUGUAGGACUGAAACACAAAAGGUUCUGUUCGAUGACUUCAAAGUACGGAAACUUGUCGAGGUUGGCCCGUCCUCUACGCUUCUCAACAUGGCCAAGAAGACCCUGGGCCAGUUCAAUGUCGAGUCAGAUGCAGUCAACGGAAUCGAGCGGGAUUUUCUCGCCGUAACUACGCACUACGAUGAUCUGUGCUACACAUCGAUACCUACCACAGAUGAGAGCGAGGAGUCACUAAAAGCGAAUAAGCCAAUGCAGUGCAUGCCCGUUGCACAAGAACGUAGUGUGCCAGUAGUAGCACCCGUAUCAACUGCCUCAGUAUCGAACAAUGAUCCAAUACUAGAUGCGCCUAUUACUGCUUUAGAUUCAAUCAUGGCUCUUGUCGCUAGCACCUUGAGGAAGCCAAGUUCAACGCUCGAUCUCGGCAAGAGCCUCAAAGGUUUAUCAGGCGGCCGAUCCACCAUUCAGAAUGAAAUCGUCGGCGACUUACUUGAGGAAUUUGGCCAGGUGCCCGACAAUAUCGAGAACUUACCCUUGACGGACCUAGCAUCGGCGAUCCAAGCGACAUACGACGGCAAGCCAGGUAAGAUCCUGCGUUCCCGUAUCGACAAAAUGAUGGCCGCGAAAAUGCCUGCCUCGUUCGGCAUGGCCGCGGUCAGGGCAUACCUCUCCGAUGCGUGGGGGCUGGGUGCCGGGAGGCAAGAUGCUGUACUGUUGCUGGUCCUAGGUGAACAGCCGCCAGCAAGAUUCAAGGAGUCUAGGGAGGCCGAGACAUUUCUGGAUGGUGCUGCACAGAAGCACUUAGACUCAGCAGGCCUAGCUAGACGAACAGUACAAACCGCUGGUCCCAAUGCUGAAGAGGCAUUGGUUGAUUCCAAGGCGCUGUCGCAACUACGCUCGGAGAAAGACUCGCUUAGAGCCAAGAUUGCCGCACUUCUACGCCCGGAACAAGGCAGUAGUAACACUGUAGCUGAGAUUACAGACGAGGAGUCAUCAAUCAGUCUUUACGAGCGUGAGCUGGGCGAUGAAUUCUGCAACGGUAUUAAGCCUAUCUUCCAAGCCGGGCACCAACGUUCGUAUGAGUCUGCUUGGAAUUGGGUGCACAUCGAGCUGCUAUCUGCAUACUAUCGAUGCGUUGAGGCACGAAAUGCCGGCCGAGAGCCGAGCACACACGACCUCCUAGCUAUCGAGCGUAUCCUUAGAGGUAAAUACAACUCGAGGCUAGAAAGAGUCAGGAAGUUCCUUUUACAUAAAGAGGCAUCGCAUAAUCAUGGUGCAAUCACGAAGAUCAGUGAGGCCCUUGCCUCUGUCAGAGAUUAUGACGAACUUGAUAAGACCACGAGCUCGAACGAUAGCAUUUGCGGCGGCUUUUCUGAUGACAUUGACGACCUCGACGAAAACGCAACGUCGCCAGAUAUGAAUCGACGCCUCUUAGAUGGCCUCUUCACAGGAAAACCAACAGCAAUUGAUAUCAAUGUUGUAUCAUGUGAUGAGGGUACGCCCGGUCCUCUCCUCCGCGUCCUUCGGAGGCGGGGCCCGUCGUGGGUCUCGCACGAGAGGUUGACCGAACACGUUAAUCUCGAUAUCUCUCCCUCACCUAACGAAUUCGCUGGUAAUUACAUACUCAUGACUGGCACUGGGCCCAAGUCAAUAGGCAUUGCUAUUCUGCCUAAGCUUCUUCGUGGUGGGGCGAAGGUUGUGCUGGGGACGAGCAGGAAGAUGGCCGACGCGGGUCCUUUCUACCAGAAGAUCUAUGCGAGCUACGGAGUACCCGGAUCCAAGCUAGUCAUCCUGCCUUGUAACCAAGGAAGCAGCCAGGACGUACACAAUUUGAUAUCGCACAUCUACGACCCGGUUAAGGGUCUCGGCUGGGAUCUUGAUAUCGUCCUACCGUUGGCGGCCAUGGCGGAAAAGGGCCGCGAGUUAGACGAGCUCGACUCUAAAUCGGAAUUGGCGCAUCGAGCUAUGCUGGUCAACACACUGAGAGGCCUCGGUGCUAUCAAGAAGGUCAAAGCGGAGCGGGGAAUCCGCACGAGACCAACGCAGGUUCUAUUGCCACUUUCUCCGAAUAUGGGUACCUUUGGUGGUGAUGGAUUGUACUCCGAAUCCAAAAUGGGCUUGAUGGCCACUCUUCACAGAUGGACGUCGGAGAGCUGGAGUGAGUACCUAUCUAUAUGUGGUGUAAUUAUUGGCUGGACCCGCGGCACCGGCUUGAUGGAAGGAAAUGAUGCUUUGGUCCAGUGGGUUGAGAAACUUGGUGUGACUACCUUCUCGAUUGAUGAUAUGGCCGGUCAUAUGUGUAAGCUUCUAAUCGACCCUGUCGCGUCCUUCUGCCAGACGGAGCCACUUGUAGCCGACUUUAGUGGGUGUAUGAGCAGCAAUCCCGACCUUGCGGCAUCACUAGCCGAAGUCAGGCUCAAGGCAAGACGGGAUCGAGAUAUCGAACGCGCGCUUACCGAUGAAAAGGCUCUCGACAUGGCGGCGGUGGAAGGCCGUCAUCUAUCUUCAGCAUCGGGGUCUUCUUCCUCCCCAUCACUACCUCCCCUAAUAGAUCUUGAUCUUGACUUCCCAGUCCUACCCGAUUACAGUAGGGAGAUAGAACCCCUGAAAGCAACGUUAGAAGGCAUGGUAGAUCUUGAAUCGAUCGUUGUUGUCGUCGGCUUUGCUGAAUUAGGCCCCUGGGGAAACUCUAGAACGAGAUGGGCGAUGGAGCUCAACGGUGAACUCUCACAUCGAGCAUGCAUUGAGUUGGCUUGGAUGACGGGCCUGAUCAGGGCAAACAAGACCUCAGACCCAUUCGCGGCCGAGUGGGUCGAUUCACUUACAAGCUCCCCAGUCAGGGACAGCGAGGUCCGCGCUAAAUACGAGAAACGAAUCCUAGAAAACACAGGUCUGAGGCUGAUCCAGCCAAGCCCUCUGGAUCAUCCGACCCGUGAGAAGAAGAGAUUUCUGCAGGAAGUCAUUGUCCAAGAGGAUCUGGCGCCUUUCACAGCAUCUUAUGAGACGGCAAUGGACUUCGUUCGGGAGCAUGGGAAUGAGAAGGUCCAAGUAAGCCAAAUAGCACCAGGGUCUGAUGAGUACCAUGUCAGGAUUCGCAAGGGCGCCGUGAUCAUGGUCCCUAAGGCAAGUGUGUACGAUCGAAUUGUGGGAGGCCAAAUCCCAGCUGGCUGGGACCCAAAAAUUUACGGGUUACCCGAGGAUAUUUGCGAGAGUGUCGACCGGUGUACUCUCAUGGCGCUCGUAUGUGCCGCAGAGGCCUUCCAAAGUGCAGGAAUCACGGACGUAUACGAGCUGUUCCAGACGCUGCACGUGUCUGAGCUAGCCAACUGUGUUGGGUCCGGCAUGGGUGGUGGCCAGUCACUGCAAAAGCUGUAUCGCGAAAGAUUCCUCGAAAAAGAAGUGCAAAGCGACAUCCUGGCGGAAACCUUCAUCAACACCACAAGCGCCUGGCUCAAUAUGCUGCUUAUAGGCGCAUCCGGCCCCACGAGAACACCAGUUGGGGCCUGUGCAACGGCUUUGGAGUCAGUCAAUCAAGGCUACGAUCUGAUUACUAGUGGCAUGGCUAAGGUAUGCCUCGUGGGCGGCUUCGACGACAUGACACAAGAUACCUCAGCCGAGUUCGCGAACAUGAAGGCAACAAACAACAGCGCGGCUGAUCUGAAGGACCGCGGACGUGCACCACACGAGACUUGUCGACCGUGUACCACAUCAAGAGCAGGCUUUGUCGAGUCUGAAGGCUGCGGCAUACAAGUCUUAGCCAGUGCCAAAACAGCGCUAGAGCUAGGUCUGCCCAUCCGUGCUGUAGUUGCUCACGUGGCAACAUCCAAUGAUGGUAUUGGGAGAUCAGUGCCCGCGCCUGGUCAAGGGCUCAUGACGCAAGUGCGCGAGUCUUCUACAGCACCACCGUCGCCGCUACUCGAUAUCGCCUACCGAAAAUUCAUGCUCAAUUUGACGCUAAGUCACAUUCAAGAACGGUACAGCAUGUUCCACCCAGGUAACUCACCGCCGCAACAGGAGAAAGCCGAGGCUGUCGUCUACGCAGAAGAGAUGGAGCGGGCACGGAAACGCGAGGAAACCGAGGCUCGCCGCCGGUAUGGCAACGAUUUCUGGAAGGGCGACCCGCGUAUUGCGCCGCUCCGCGGUGCUCUCGCGGUUUGGGGCCUGACAGCCGACGACAUCGGCGUGGUUUCGCUACAUGGUACCUCGACCCAUGCCAAUGAGAAAAACGAGGUCGCGGUGCUACAUCAGCAGCUGACCCAGCUGGGCCGCUCACCAGGCAACGCCGCCCUAGUCGUCUGUCAGAAAUACCUGACCGGACACCCGAAGGGUGCGGCCGCGGCGUGGAUGCUGAACGGGUGCUGUCAGAUCCUAGAUAGCGGUGUCGUCCCGGGCAAUAGGAACGCUGACGAUAUUGACGUUGUGUUCGAGCCGUACGAGAACCUUGUAUUCCCUGAACGUGCCCUAGCUGUCUGUGAUGUCCGGGCUUUCAGUGUCACAAGUUUCGGGUUCGGGCAAAAAGGCGCCCAAGCUCUCGGCGUGCAUCCCAAGUUUCUGUUUGCCACCUUGGAGAAGAGGUCGACGUUUGAUGACUACUGCUGCCGGCGGGACGAGAGAUGUCGGAGAGCUAAGCAAUAUUUCCAGGAUGGCAUUUACAAUGGCAUAUUGGUCGAGUUGAAGCAGAAACCGCCAUAUGACAAGGGUCUCCAGAUGAAAGCGAUGGUGGAUGCAGACUGGAGGCUCGCGUGACAUUCUGUGAUGGUGUUUAGGAAGAAGAUUGCAGAUGUACUUUGGGUACUUGGUACUUGUGAAAUAGGGCACCCCCUGUUUGUGG